GGCGGCGGGGCCGAGCAGCGGGGUUUGCUCUUUGUGGGGCUGCUGCAGUGCCGGACGCUGCUCCCUGCAGCCGGUGGGGCCGUUGGCUGCCCCACGUCCCGCGGAGGAGUGAGGCGAGCCCGUUCGGGCCGUACCGGGUGUAGGGGUCGGACCCGGUGUGCAGCGGCUGGGGGCCGGCAGGAGGGAACAGCGGGGACAUGGCGCUGGUGACACACAGCGCUGCCAGAGCCAGCUCUGUGCUGGCCGAACGAUGAGGCUGUAGUGUGAUAUUUGUUGUUCUCUGUAGUACCGGCCCUCCCGAGAGCCCGUGUGUGGAAGGUGAUCAGCUCCGGAAAGCUUUCAGUCUGAGUGCAGCGGGGUAGGUGCAGAUACGGCCUUGUAGUGGAAGAAUAAAGUCAAGAGCUAUUCAAUGGGCUUCUGGAGUGUUGAAUAAAAAAAGAAAAAUGGAGGCAGAGACCAUUUUAAGUCUUAAACAGCAACUCAAGGAAGCAGAGAACGAGCGGAGAAAGGCAGCACAAUAUGGUUUGCAUUUACUGGAGUCCCAAAGUGAGGUUCAGAAUCAGCUGGAUCAAACACGCUGUGAACUGACUGAGAAAACUGAGAAAUUUGAACAAGAGAAAUACACACUUCAGAGAGAAAUUGAACUCAAGAAUCGAAUGCUGGAAAGCUUGAAUUUUGAGUGUGAGUCCCUUAAGCAACAGCAAAAUGUGCAACUGGAUAAACAGAAAGAACAGCUUGACAGAGCCUAUGGACAAGAAAUCAGUGACCUUAAAAACAAGUUGGAGAACCUGAAAGCAGAACUGGAUGAAACCCGACUCUCAGAGAAACAACUGAGACAAAAAGUGGAGCAUCAGAAGGAAAUAAUUGCUGCCAAAUCAGAAGAACUGCACAUGAUGUCUGAGCGUGUCCAUGAGACCAUGUCUUCAGAAAUGCUCAACCUGCAGCUAGAGCUCACUGAGCUCCAGAGUCAGAAGGCCAGUGAUGAAGAAAAGCUGAAUGAGCUGCAGUGCAGUAAGGAGCAGUUAGAGCUUGUGAACAGUAACUUACGGAACCAGCUGGAGCGGCUGCAGGGGGAGAAAGAAGAGAGGGAAAAAGAAGUUGUCUUUUACUGCAAUGCAUUAGAGAAAGCUCAUGAGGCUAAUCAGGAGCUUCGGGUUCAGCUGGAUCAUGCAGUGCAACAAUCAUUGGACCCUACAAGUAAAGGAAAUUCUCUCUUUGCUGAGGUGGAGGACCGUAGGGCAGAAAUGGAACGACAGCUGCUCAGUGUGAAAGUAAAAUAUCAGUCCCUACAAAAACAGCAUGCAUUCAGUAGAGAACAAUUGCAAAGAAUGAAGCUGCAGAUGGCUACACUGCUGCAGCUGAAAGGCUCCCAGGCAGAAUUUGACCAGCUGGAACGCUUACAGUCCAUGUUAGAGCAAAAGAAUGGUGAAAUAGAAGAACUGCUCAUGAAAGUGAGGCAGCUAGAAAAAUUUAAGAGUUUGUAUGAGAAUAUGAAGGAGUCCAGACCCGCUAAUGGAGCGAAAGGAAGCGAUUCUGAAAAUGAUUACUAUGCAGAUUUACUGCAACUUAAACUUGACAAAUCAAACCAGGAAACUGAAACACUGAAAAAUGAGUUAUCCCUGCAGAGAAUGAAAGCUCUGUAUGAGAGCCAAAGGGUCCUGGAAAUUGAAAGGAAGCUCUUCACAAAUGAGAGGCAUUUGCAAGCUUGUCAGAGUGAGAAUAUGAACCUGCGGGUUAUGCUGGAUGAGCUGAAAAUGAAAUAUGAACCUGAAGAAUUUCUUAAAGGUUCUAAAAUAAAAAAGAAGAGGGAGAGAAUCCCUGUGAAUGCAACUUGUGAAUACUUUGACAGCAAAAAUACUCCAGUGAAAGAAACUGCUCUCACUCACUUGCCAAGUAAGGAAGGGAAAAAGAUGACUACCAAGACCCUGGAGCAAAGUGAUGCUUCUCCCAAAAAACAGCCUGUCCAAGCAUCCCCACUGCAUACAGCUCUCCAGGCAAUACGAAACAUUGUUGAACCUGAAAGAGAAAGAAAAAGAGUUAAAAUUCCAGAUGAGAAUCAUGUCGCCUUUACCUCGAGUAGCAGAAGUGGAAACAAUUCCUCAGCUCCAGCUGUCCCCAGGUCAGUGUCAGCUUCUGUCUCUGCUCAAGGCACUCAGCACAGACCUGCAUCUCUUUUCUUUCGCUGCAUGAACUGUGCUCUCCACUGCUUUAUCUGUUUCCUCAGUGUUGCAUGCAGUGUCAUUCCUCAGCUCCGGCUGCCCACGCUCAGCCUCUCACUCCCUUUUAGAAGGACUAAAACACUGGCUAAUAGAAAAGACUCUUGAAACAGUCUCUGAAAUAACUUUCUCAUUGAAGACAUUUAAGGUGUGCAGGUAGCAUGACAGCUCACUUGGUUUGCUCCAGCAUCAGAAACUUUGUGUUCUUGGUGCCCUCAGAAGUGCCACACAGCUGUGUUACAGCUCAAGGUAAUCAAGGCAGCUGGAGUCAUGCCCCAGUUUCAUAUCUAUUUUCAGCCCCCAGCAACUUCCAGAUUUAGCUAAAUGCCUAAAAAUCAUUUAGGUAUUUUUCACCUGAAUUGUGUCAAGUUUUCAUUGUACAUGAUAAUAGAGAAUAAAUUAGCUGUCUGUGUUGUCAGACAAAUGAAAUGCAUGGUCUGGAUGCACAAUAGCUGGAAACAUUAAGAUGAAAUUUUUCCCCUGAACUGAGAAUUGAAGUUACUUUUUGCUAGAUGGUCAAGUAACUGAGGACAGUCAUUAUCUCCAGCUUUUUUAUCCUGGUGAAAACAAUACUGACUUUAAUUUUCUAAUUUUUCAACUAAUGCUUUUUGUAUUCUCUUCAUACUCUUUGUAAACGCAUACUCGAGUGUUUGGGGGUAGAAAAAGUUGAAGCUAGUCCAGAGGUAUUGGGCUUGCAACUUGUUAAUAUCAGCUAGAAGAAACAGCCAAUGUUAAUGGCAUUCAGGGUAAUUGGACUGAUGCUUUGGCUCUUGGAUCAAUUCCUCAAGGUUGCAUGGGUGUAAUUAACAAAUUAAAGUAGCCAAACACUGCAGUCUUCUUAAACUGUGGAGAGAACAUGGCAGAAAUAGCAGUUUUAGCAGCUGUGUUAAAAUGUGGGAUUGUUAGAGAGGAGGGAAGAUCAGGAAAGUGAGAUAUGGAUGAAAGUGGAGAGGAAAGACUGGGAUAAUUCAGUGAUAGUAUUGGGUUUUGAUAAUGUUCUCUACACAUAAAGGAACAGGCAGAAUGUAACCUGAUAUGAAAAGUUUAACUUCCUUCAUAUUGCUUUGGGAAAACAAGAUAUAGCAUCUGCUUACAGGAAACUGUUGGAAAUAAUUAAUGGGAAUUGAAGGGGGAACCUACUGGAGAGGGAGUAAGAAGUGGAAAUUAUGGAGUUGAUGCUGGAAAGCAAAGACUGUAGAAAAAGUGGAAGAAGAACGUGAAACUGUAGUUCAGAGGGAGGUUUCUAAUCUUGUAUCCAUUGCUGUUGGUUCAAAAAAGGAACAAAAUGAAGCAGCCAGCUGUAAAUGUGUUGGUGGGGAAGGCUCACCCUUCCCUGUCACCUGGCAAGCGUGCAGCAUCGCUCACAGUGGGCACUGUCCUGGGUCACACCACCCUGGACAGCACCUAAGGGUGCUGCUCCACGCUCUGGCAGAGACAGCACCCUGGGAGGACGAGGCUCGCGGCAACUUCCAACAGAAAUAAGAGAGUGGACUCCAGCCAAGGGUGAGCCCUGAGAAAUCCCACUGCUGGAGACAGACCUACAGGGAUGCAUCAGCUUAUAAGGAUCCAGGGAAACAGGGGAGGUGUCAACCUUUGGGCGAAUGGGAAACCAGAGGGGAGUGGAAUACAGAGGAUUGACAUUAGGAGCUGACCAAUGGGGAUACAUUAAGGGAGGGGUCCUGGUCCCUGAGCCAAGCACUCGAUGCUCCAGCUAGAAGUUUCUAGAGGGGAGGGAGGGAGCACCAAGUGACAGGGCACCAGGGAGGGAUCAAAGGAAGGAUACAUGGAUUCCGGAGGAGCAGGGAUGAUGGGCAGUGUGGAGGAGGGUGGAGUGAACCAAGGCAGAGCCGUUACAAGCUGAGGGGGAAACAGAACAGUCCAACCAACACAACAACAAAAGAUGAAAAAUAUUAUAAAAAUAAAAACCACAAACACAAUUAAGCUGUCACAAAACUUCGUAUAAGCUGUUGAGCUUUUUUUGGUGUAGUAUGAGCCUGUAAAAGGCAAAUCCAGGCAGAAAGUUCUGUUUGUUUCUGAUUGUGUUAAUGAACUACUAAAACCCCUGGUCAUGAUAUUAAGCGAACAUUAAGGAUUGAUUUACCCCUCAUCUGCUAUGAUGUGCUGUAGAAUAGGAAGUCAUGUUGAAAUCUGAAUAUUUGAGAAGCUGUAAUUCUAAACACUGAAAGAAUCUCUGACUGUUCUGUGAUGGAUGUGGCUGAACCUUGGGCACAGAAAAUAUUGGCAAAUUGAUCAGGAGUGGGGACCUGAAAAGGGAGAGUUUGUGGGAGGAAGAAAAAAAGGUGGGUAAUUGUCAGUGUUUGACCUUGUGUUAACUGAAAUGUGAUGCUGCAGCUGAAAAGGCUGUUGUGGUCUCUGGGGAUUGGUUUUGUGCCUGGAAUAGUUUUUCUGGAGUAAUUAGCAGAGCUCUGGCAUUGGCCCGUGAAUUCUGGGAGAGCAGAGCCACUUUAGCUGUGAAAGGGCUGCAAACUUAAUUUCUAGAAAGUGGGGUUGAAUUUGUCAUCUCAGCCCAGGAGGCAAUGAGGAAGUGGUCAGAAGUGAUGUGGGUGUGCUUGUGGAGGUGACAAACUCCCUUGUAUGAAGAGACCUCCUUGCUGAGGAGGUUUAAGCAGGUACAGCUGGAUAAUCUCAGCCAACACCUGUGUGUGCAGGGCACCUCUGUCCUUCCAGAAGGCUCCAGCACUGGAGUAGCUCAUUAGGUGAUGACAUUGAUCAGGUUAUGAUUUGAGUGUUGAGACUAUAGAUUUAAAUAUUCAGGUGGUGAUUAAUACUUCCCAAUGCAUACUGUAAUGCUGGCAAUGCAAAGGUUGUGUGCAGUGGUAUCUUUUGUUUGGCCAACUAACUGGUCAAUAGAAAGAUAGAUAGAUUUCUCUGUGGCAAUGCUUUUCUUCCCUUGUUAAACUGAAAUAGCAGAUCUAGCCCUUGCUGCACAGUUUAUAUUGCAUUGGGAUUUGAGGUUGUUUGCCUGAGUUUGAUCUAAAGAAGAGCUUGGAUGUUGAAGAGCUUAUUUGCUCCCUUAAAUUCUUUAGUUGGAUUACAUACACCAAAUCUACUUCACUUGGGCUUUGUCCAAUUGCCUGUGGCCAUUUGGCUCAGCAGGAGAUGUGGAUACACUAAUAAUACUCUUUGGGGUUUUUGGCCCAGCCUCAGCCUUGGGAAGUAAAGCUCCACCAGAUGAAACAAGUUCAUCUUCCUUAAACAGGUAGAAGGAGCCCCAGUUAGCUCUCAGUUUUGGAGACUGUAGAGUCAAAGCUUGAAUCAUGUCAUAGUUUCACCAGCAUUUGCUUGAAGUGUUUAACCAUUGUCUGUUCUUUCUGAUGCUUUCCUGUGCUGACACCUGAUGAACCAGGACAGGGCUCCAAGGGGUGCUCUCUGAGGGCUUUGGGGUGAACCUCAGCUGCUCCUCCCUCUCUUCCAUAGGACAAAUGGGAGCAUUGGAUGGUUAAAGUUUGUGGGUAAAGAUGGCAGAGGUCCUGUGCAAACCAGACCUGGGGAAGAUUAACUCCCUGCCUGUUAAAGACAGUGGGGCAGUGAGAAAGAAAGAGAACUGCCCCAGCCCUUCUUCUCAGGCUCAGCUUCACUCCCUCAGUCCUGGCUUGUAUCUCCUCCCCAAGAGGCACAGGGUGAGUGUGGUUGUCAGAGUUGUUCCAUUACAGGCUAAGAGAAUUAUAUAAUGCCAUAAAAGGGCAAUACUGUGUCUGAAUCCACUUGUGCUGCUUUGUAACUUAAGUGAAUGUGGUUUUUAUUUGUUCUUCUGGGCUGAGUUCUUUCUGCUUGUUUAGAGGGACUCUGUUGGCAAUUUUGGCCUCUAGAGUAGUGGUUUUGGUGGCCUUGGACGGGGGUUGUUUAAGGCAGAAGAGUGGGAGGGACUAAUGAAGGGAAUCUGUCAGAGGAGCAGGUUCAUGGACAGAAACUCUCCAUCCCCACCUGCAGCUGCUGGGGGAGUGCAAACCACAUGAUGGCCACUGAGAACACAUUUCUUUCUUUCCUGAUUAAUUCCUUGUAGCUGUAAGCACGUGAGGAUUUGUCCAACUCAAAGUGAAGGUGACCAUGGGCAGGAGGUGCUCAGCCCUCAGAGUUACAGAUGUGGCCUUAAUGCAAAGCACAUGGUGGAGCAAACCCUGAUCUAGAGGAGGUGCACAACAGAGCCUGGCUUUCUUCAGCCUGUUGAGACAGUGCUGAUUAUAGGGAAUAACAUGCACAUGGCCUGCAGUCCAUCAUACUUUGACAGCAGUCUGAAUCUGUAGCUGAAUUUCCCCAAUUUGUUUCUUACAGCUCUUUUCAUAGUCCUCAUGUUCAGCUGCACCUUUCUCUAUUGCAAAUAAGUCUCUAACAACUGAGUAGCAGCAGUUUUGGGAGAAACAUCACUGAAAGCAGCUGUCUGUGCACACUCAGGGCUCCUGAGACCACUAAAAAUCCACAAGGUCACCAGAGAAUUGCUUUAAUGUAUGUGCUGAUAAACGAGUAUAGAGUUUGUAUUGCUAUAUAAAGUGAUGUUUAAUUUGGAACUUCAUUCUCCAUAAUUUCUGUCUUUGUGAAAAUAAUCAUGUGUAACAGUCAAUGGGCUGUGGGUAAUUUGGUUGGGUAAAAUAUCACUGUUCCUCAAUUGUUCUAAUGGCAUGUUUGCAUGUUCAUUAAAUUAAAAACAAGAUUUAGGCAUCUGAGCACAAUCUGAUGUUUUGAUUUCAAGAUUAUAUUUUUAACAGCAAUGAGACAGUUUUAUUCAUAGCAGAAUUAAAACCUGUCAGUGGGCAAAUGAUACCAUUUAGAGCCUGAAAAUAAAUCUUCCCCCAGCUGAAGAUAUUCAAGCACUAAGCUGAAGGCCAUAGUAGUGUAGGAUGAGGUUGAAAGGUACAUAUUAUUUAAGGGUAGGUUUUUGGUAGUGUAGAAGCAAGAAGCUUGAUUUCAUCCUGUUUGUGUGGUGUUGCUCAGAUUUUUCACCUGGAGUUGUGCUUUUGGGGGCUGGAUCUCCUUUCUGUGCAUGACACAGGCACUGCUGUUUCUGAAGGCUGAUCUCAGCCACUUCACAUAUUCAAUAACCUUUCUUACCAGACAUUUCAGCAGCUGAGGUGUGGGGGGAAAGCUUUAAGAGAUGGAAUGUGAUUAGGACUGAUACAAAAAUGCUUUGGUUUAGUCUCAUUUUCUUCUUAAACUGUGCUUGCUCUGUCUCUGUAUAUGGAUGGUCUUGUUUGCCAGCUGGCUUGUUUAUUUUGCCUGAAAUUCUUAUUUUAUUCCUGGUUUAUUUUAACUAAAUAUGUAUUUAGAAUGGUUGCUUUGCCUAUAGGUUAACAGCUGAAUCCAGAUUUGAAA